CGCGCACGCGUCACUCCCCUCUAACGCGGACACACCGCCGGCGCGCGCACGCGCGGAUGCGUCGGCCUCGAAUCGCCCGCGCCCCGCGACGCCGACGCGGCUCCCUGCGCCCCCUCGCGUCAGGCCGCCUGCCCGCCCUCCCGCCGGCCCGCCGGCCCGCCGCCCCCGCUCCCCGUCGGCGUUCUUCCAGGGCUCGGGCCCGGCCGGCUGCUCGCGCCUGCGCGAAGGGCACCGAUCCUCCUCCGCGCGCCCUCCCCCCACGCACCCUCACACACACUUCGCCUCUGUGACCCCGCCCCUCGCGGCCAGCUGCGCCGGUCGCCCUCCCCCACCCCCCUUGGGAGGGUGGUGACCCCCCCCGACCCCCUACAAAGCAUAUCAACCCCCCCAAGCAGUGAGAGACAUGCGCCCCCUUCCCCUUCAACCGCCCUCGGCCCCAGGCGGCCCGUCACAGUCACACAACCUGAGGGCCGGGAGGCCUGGGCCAGGGCAAACCGAUGCCCGCCUCAAAGCAGGGUCUCCCGGGGUCAGGCCGCCGGGCUGGGCCUGCGCGACCUGGGUUCCCGGCUCAGGCCUGCCCAGGGCGAGAGGGCGCAGGGAAGGGGUGCAUGGCCGCCGGCUGCCUUCCCUUCGCGUGCCGGCCGGUGGGCCGAGGCCAGCCUGCCCGCCAUCCCUAGGCAGGCCCCGGCGCCGCCGCCACGGGGCCCGUCCGCCCUGGGCCCGGGGGCUCCUCGGUGCAGCGGCCUGGCCCCGCCUCACCCACUGCUCGUCGCUCCGAAGGGGCAGGAAACAGGAGUAGCAUGUCUGUCCUGGGCUCGGCUCCCCGGGGGAGCUGCAGGCGCUUAACAAGGGCGUCCACAGGUACCAGGCGCAGGAACGGUCUCCGCGACGGCCCGGGGGCGGCGGCGGCCGGCGCGCCCACCGCCGGCCGGAGGCGCCUGGCGAGGUGGCCCAGGAAGCCCCCGCUCCUCGGCCACGCUCAGCUUUCCGCCGCGCCGGUGCCCCCGGCGGCCCGGGUGGGACGUGACCCCGCCCCCGGCGAGUCGGGGCGCCCCCCACGGAGGGGUGCGCGGGCCGCCCCCGGUGCCCGGCCCGACCCUGCCGCCCCGGGCCGUGGCGGGCGCGGGAGGCCCAACUGGGAAGAUGUCUCCUCUUGGUGCGCGCAGCUUCGCGCGGGGGUCAGCGACGGGGCAGCGGCCGCCCGAGCUGCGCCGGCCCUGCCCACGGACCGGCUCCCGCAGCCCGACAGCUGCCCGACGGGCCAGCAGGCUCCGAACGUCGACGGAGCCCGGCCGGAGGUUCUGACUCCUGGAAGCAGGGAAUGGAGCAGAGAGGCAGGGCAUGGAGCGAAUCAUAUAACCUGCAUAAACAGCCAUCAACCCUUUCAGGAGGACGUUAGCGAGACAAUUAAAAUAAUGAUACCUUCUAAUUCUAUCAAGGCUUGAACUCCAAGGUAAAAGCGCUACGUCAGUGCAAGGAUUGUUGUGGAGUGAAAUGGACUAAUGGACAUGAAUACCCUUUGGAAACUAGAAGACAACUUAUUUUAGAAAGGAUUUCUGAGGCCUUGCGCAGCGACUCAUGCCUGUAAUCCUAGCACUUUGGGAGACCAAGGUGGGCAGAUCACCUGAAGUCAGGAGUUCGAGACCAGCCUGAUCAAA